UUUAUUGUUCUUCACAGAGCUCCUCAAGGUAUGCUCCGUGUUAGGAUUUUGGCGAGACAGGAAUCUCUGUGGUUCAAGGGUAUCUGAGGUUCUUGAGCUGAUAGAAGACGUCAACCACUUCAACGUGCUAUCUUUUUUGCGGCGAAAAUGAUCAAUGCGCGUCGAAUCGCGACGAAAGUCGCCUAUAUCGAGAAAGAGUUACUCGAACUGGACGGCUUAUUGAAUGGAAGAUUCAACUGCCCGCAAUGCGCAUUGUCACUGCCUAGAAUAUUCGCUAAACACCUCGCUGCCGCUCAUGGAAUCAAGAUCACCCACCGAAUCGAUGCCUUCCUGAAACCCCGUUCUGAACUAAUGGAAGACGAUGCUGUCCAAGACGUAGAUGUCGAUUUAACGCUGUCUAAACUCGUGAAUUGGGACGACAAGGAAACUGAGAAGCGGAAUAUCUUGAAAAUUGUUUCAGUUCUUGAGAAAGGCCUUCCCGAGCUUUCCCUGGAGUCUCAGCUAGAACUUCAACACGAAGACGAAGAAGCACCUGCUGUCGUUCUGGACGACGAAGUCAGCAAAUCGUUGACUGUCAUGGAAAAAUUCGUUGAAGAAGUGAACGAGUUCUACACGGAUUGCGAAGAAAGAGAUUGGAUAUUUAUUCCGGAAGACGAAGUGGGUGAAUCUAUGUCUGCUCGCGAAGAGGACGAUGCCUUGGCCUGGUUCGACUUCGUUCAAAAAACCCAGCAAAGCAUUAAGAACCAAAGAUUAACUGAUCCCAAGAUACGAAAAAGAAUGAUCCCUUUGAAAGAACGUUACACGUGUGAAGUGUGCAACUUGAAAUUCUCCAAACGAUCCAUUUUGUUACGCCACGUUCUCCAGCACGCCAAAGAAGGAAUUUUUCGAUGCAGUCGGUGUUGUUCUUUAGCUGAAAUGCAGCCGGGAAAAGACGAGUGUGAUUCAUGUCGUGUUGAGCGACGAAUGGACAGACAAAUGAUUGAAACUUUUAAUGAAACCGAGGGCUUCGUCAUGUCGCGGCUUCCGAGAAGAAGAAAAUAUUAUGCUAGAUUUCCUUGUGCCAUGUGUGGUCGAAAAUUUCCUUCGAAGCCGUCGUUGAUGCUUCAUGAAGAAACUCACACCACAGGACGGGUUGUGUAUGAAUGUGAACGUUGCAAAGCCGUUUACCCUAGUGCAGAAGACCGAGACAUUCACCAACAAGUACAUGAAGGAGAAGUGGACUUCUACUGUUGCCAAUUGUGCAAAAAGCAGUUCUCGAAGCGUGCGAAUUAUUUGCGCCACGUGGACAUCCACAACGGGGUUCGUUACAGUUGUAAGCAAUGCAACCGGUCCUACACGCAAGAAUACCAACUCAAGUGCCACGAAAGGAAACAUUCCGGCGAGCCGAAAUUUCGGUGUAAAGUAUGCAACCGAACCUUUGCCGAACCGUCGUCGUAUUGCAGGCAUAAAAAGAUACACGAAGUGACUUCGAGACGGUUACCCACGGAGCAUUCGGAAAAUGCGUUUGAUCCUUUGGCGGAAGCUGUCCAAGACAUCAUCACUCCGAUCAACACGAAAUCUGACUCUUUGAAGAAGCAGUUGUUCUAUCAAAGGUUGAAUAUGCAUAAGAGAAAAAGCAAUGAAGUGGAGGUGAUUUUGUGCAAAGCCGUGGAAAACGGAACUGGGCGACCGACUCUAGUGGCGAAUGCUUUCAAAGCUGAGCCGACGGGCAUUCCAGGGUACACGUCAUUGACGAACUCUGUCCUCGUUGAAGGCAGUGGGUCAUCGCCUCGGGGCUUCAGUGAAACCGUCUUGGAGCCGAUGACUCUGAAGAUGCGGCCGAAAACCCGGCUCUUCCCCUCGCUUCUGGCUUGA